ACCUCCGACGACAGUGCCCCUACCCCAUAGACUAUCCUCGAGAUGCCCCGACGCCACAGACAAUACUUAAUGGAUACGUACAUAUGGUAGUCUUCUCCUCGAGAUGCCCCGACGUGGGCGGCGAAUGUAGCUCAAACUUUUUCGCAUAGGUGACCAUUCUGGAUGUUUGAAGUAAAUCCAUCGGUAGGGUGGGUUUCCAAGCAACUAUCUGCAACUCGUGUGGGUUCAUCGUUCAGCACAAUGAAGAAUGGUACUCCUGCGCAUGGAGAUUCAGGUAGCAGUGCGCAGGUGCAGUUACGCCCAGUUUGCAAGAGUGUGGUGGUAGAGGAGGUCCCGCAAGAAAACGGGAGCUCUGAUCACGUAGCUCGUGUGGGCACCCUGACGAUUUUGUUGACGACUGAAGGAGUGGGAGUUGCAGGAGCGUCGGUUUCGACCCGAGGGAGUGAUACUCUAGAGCCGCGGUUCCGAGGUUCGACAUCUGGAAGCCGGGGUUUGUCAGGUGAGAUCCAGCUGACCCAACCGGCGAGGAACCAACAGCACAUGGGCGUGGAUAUCCGCGAUCCUGCGGGGGCGGCAGGAGAUUCUGACGAUGAGCCUGUAAUUGCACUCAAAAUUGCAAACAACUUAGCAGAGUUGAAUAGUGGCAGGCAUCCUAAGUUGAAGUUGGCGUUUGACGACUGGGAGGAGACAUUCAAUUUGUGCGAGAAGCGGCGCAAGUAUAAAGAGGCGCAAAGAGAUGCGAUUUGGAACGAGAUUUACCAAGUAAUUGGAUUCUAUGUAGUCUUUCAGGGCGUGAUUUUUACGGCUGUGGCGCAGGCGUCCAUGCUGAGGUGCCAGAAUUGGUGGACUUCGUUUCUGUUGUCCUUGUUGACGUCGCUCGUGACCGCAGCAGUUGUUUUUCAGAAGUUGAGAGGUUUCUGGGCGCUGGAGAAUACAAUUGACGGAGAAAAGAACACCAGCAAGCAACCAGCACUGCUCCCGCACAAGAAUGGCGCUGACGACUUUGCUGAGAUGUCAGAAUUGCUGAGUUUGAUCGGGCUCCAAUUGUGUGUGCAGAUUUUGAAAAAAAGGAUCACGGAUGUGAAAUUAAGGAUUGGACCCAGUGGAUUUAAUUUCGCCUUACACGCCAGAGACGGACCUACCAGGCGGCUUGACAAAUUGGAACUCUCUGUUCGGUUGUAUGGAUCCGUCUUCGGUGUGUUGUUUGUUUUCUCCGCACUUUUCCUCAUUUCCAGCUGGAGGAUUUUGUGCAUUCCAGGGUCUGCAGCAUAACCAUGUUGAAUCGGAGACAAGAUCAGCUACGGAGAGUAUCCUCCAACAAAUCUUAGUAAGCUCCUUCUCAAUUCACACUUGUGCAAUAGUUCGAGACAUGCCGAAGUGUGUUUGUAAGUACAUAGGUUAGGUUUAGGUCUUGACUGAAGAGCAGAUUAGCACUUGUUGCGAUCUUGUCAGGGUUAAUCCUACCCAGUAAGUUGUGAUCAAGAGCUCCACCGAAUCAGCAAUAGUACCUCCGAGACACUGAAGCUCAAGGUUGCCAACAACCUCGUGCUCACUGAUUUGACCGUGUUGAAGCCAGGCGAGUCAUACAAAGUUCACGUUGAUCCAAAUGCCACAUACCAAUAAUAUUGUAUGGGCAAGGAUCGCAACCGGAGGCUUCUAAUGAUAAGCUCCGAUGACUGCGUGGACAACAUGUCACGCUCUUCAAGGAUGCGGGCAGCAGCUACACUGCUCAGAAGCAGCCCAAGGGAGCGCAUACUAAUCCAGCUGGUGUAACAGCGGUAGCAGUUGUUUCCUCCAGUGACAGUGGGCCGUGUAUUGAACAUUUUCAUCGGGUCUGAACAAAAGGAGAUGGUUAAUGUAGAGGUUCAACACAUGGUGCAACAGAGUGUGUGCAAAUGGCGACAUGCCGUCGAGUAAGAUUUUCUUUGGUGCCCCAGCUCGUCGUCACCGGAUUUCAAUCACCAUAACAGCAGGAUUGUUUGCAACAUGGAAGGAAAUUCCGUUCAGAUAGACGUCGGAGUGUGUAACUGUGGCUGGUAGAGGUGACUGUGUUCGCAAGCAGUCGUUCGGCCUGUUUGCUCCACCUGCACAACAGCAGACAAGACAUGGAAAUGUGAGCGGUUCACUUUCUGCGGUCAGUCUUGGGCUGCAGGGCAAGGAGCUCAGAGUGAUUUCUCACGCGGACAUAGCAGCAAAGUACAAAGAUUGCAGAGCAGCCAAAAUAAAGCAGAGAACUCAUAGUUUGAGAUGACGUAAUUGUGGUUUCGUAGCGAGCAGCCUGGUGGAACUGAAACACAGAAAGGGAUUUUGAGCUUGGAAGUGUGGACUUCCACACCAGUGACGGUGAAGUUCGGAGAUAAUUGACUGAACUUGCAGGCCUCGACGCUGGUCAGAUGGCGGGCUUCAGCAUUACUGAGCACCCUACUCUUGAUUUUGUUUACUGUUGUUAAGUGUAUGUCACGUCUAUGUCAUUUCUCCUUCUCCAGUAUGCUUUCAGGCUUCGCCCCAAGCCCUCGCCUCCUUCCCGACUUUCUUCGCAGUUCUCAGUUUUGGACUGAAGGUUUUUAUGCGGCACUGUGUGUACCGCAGGGGUGGGCAGCGUUCGUCGGCGGGAGGUGUGGAGGUCUUGGUCGGCAUUUUGACAGUGUCGUGUGAUGAAUGUAGUAUUUGUUCUUACCUUCUUUGGUUGAUUGUUUGCCUAAUCAUGAUGAGGAUGAAUCACGGGAGCUUGUAAUCGGUUUGUUUUCGGUUGAUGCCAAGCAGACAGCUGUGCCGUGCAGUUUUGAAUAUGACUGGUGGACGCAAUGUCCUCUUAGCAAGUGUUUUGCGGUUGCUCACUGUGUAAAGCUGAAAUCUUGUCUUUAAUGCGAAUGUAGCUUUUUAGUGUAUUUACAUAUUUUGUUGUUGUGUUUGAAUUCUAAGAUUCGCUUUUGCUGCCAAUUUGUGCGGUUGUACCUUGUUUUUGGCACCCUAUAAUGCUUCAUUGUUAGAAGCUUAGGUUCUGGGUGCAUGAGCUCGAUUAGGGACAUUGAAGGCUCCCUUGUGCUGUCGCGUGUGGCGUGGGAUCAUGUUCUGCAUUACACAGUUGUGAUAGUAUGAGAGGUGAGUGGCGAGGAGGAGCAUGAAGCUUGAGAAGAAAGCAUUCCAUCAAGGCUGAUGUUUGGAUGCGUCUAAGCAUGCCUUGCUAAAUUGAAGGACGUGGUGUAAUAGAGAGUGAAACAUGUGAAUUCAGAGGAAAUCAGUUGACCUCCCUUAUGUAAGCUCCUUGUUUGAGGUCCUUAUCGAUACGAGUUUUGCACUCA